AUGUCGUUUCUGUUCGCGUGGACUUUGUUGGGUCUUCUGGUUUGUUGUGAUGUAGGAGAGUGCAGAAGAAGAAAUGUGCUUCUCAUUAUUGGUGUCGGCCUGGUUCUUCAAGAACUACGGGAUGCGGGAUUUGAAAAUGACACUCUGGUGAUCUACAGCUCGGAUAACGGAAUUCCAUUUCCCAACGGUCGCACUAACCUGUAUGGCUCAGGUGUGAAGGAACCCAUGCUGGUCUCCUCACCUGAACACCGGCAGCGUUGGGGACAGGUUAGCCAGGCUUACGUCAGUCUGCUGGACAUCACUCCCACCAUACUGGACUGGUUUUCUUUGCCAUAUCCGUCGUACAGUCUCUCAGGGGGCUGUCCGAUUGAGUUGACGGGUCGGUCUCUUCUCCCGGCCCUAAUCUCAGAACCGUCCUGGGUCACCGUCUACGCCAGCCAGAGUCUCCAUGAGGUCACUAUGUUUUACCCAAUGCGCACCAUCCACCAGGGCCGCUACCGGCUCCUGCACAACAUGCACUACCGCAUGCCCUUCCCUAUAGACCAGGACUUCUAUGUGUCCCCUACCUUCCAGGAUCUGUUAAACCGGACUCAUUCAGGCCAGCCCACAGGCUGGUUCAAGACUCUAAACGAGUAUUACUACCGGGAGAGGUGGGAGCUGUUUGACAUCCAGUCAGAUCUGACGGAAAGGCGGAACCUAGCUGGUGAUCGGGCCUACGCCCCGGUUUUGGAGAGCCUGAGGGAUCAGCUGCUGAAGUGGCAGUGGCAAACGGAGGAUCCGUGGGUGUGCGAGCCGGAUGCGGUCCUCGAGACCAAGCCUGAACCGCAGUGCAGACUACUGUACUAUGGACUAUGAGUGCCUAAAACUUAAGAGGAAACUGUAUAAACUUUAAUCUUUUCAUGCUUCAGGUUCACUGUUUAAAUGGUUUAAUAUGAGAUCUGUAAGAUUGUAUUUGUAGUUUUUAUAUUGAAAAUGUUUUUAACAACUAA